GCAUUUUCAGAAGUGAAGAUAGCUUGGUUCACUUGCUACUGUUUUUGAAGCCUUUUUCUAAACUACAACAGUUCUUCAACUUUCUUUUUCAAGAUGCAGAUCUUCGUGAAGACUUUGACUGGCAAGACCAUCACUCUCGAGGUCGAGCCAAGCGACACUAUCGACAAUGUGAAGACCAAGAUCCAGGACAAGGAGGGUAUCCCCCCAGACCAGCAGCGCUUGAUCUUCGCCGGCAAACAACUCGAGGAUGGCCGAACCCUGAGUGACUACAACAUUCAGAAGGAGUCCACUCUUCAUUUGGUACUUCGUCUCCGUGGUGGAAUGCAAAUCUUCGUGAAGACUUUGACUGGCAAGACCAUCACUCUCGAGGUCGAGCCAAGCGACACUAUUGACAAUGUGAAGACCAAGAUUCAAGACAAGGAGGGUAUCCCCCCAGACCAGCAGCGUUUGAUUUUCGCUGGCAAGCAGUUGGAAGACGGCCGAACCCUGAGUGACUACAACAUUCAGAAGGAGUCCACUCUUCAUUUGGUCCUUCGUCUCCGUGGUGGAAUGCAGAUUUUCGUCAAAACUCUUACUGGAAAGACCAUCACUCUCGAAGUUGAACCAAGCGACACUAUCGACAAUGUGAAGACCAAGAUUCAAGACAAGGAGGGUAUCCCCCCGGACCAGCAGCGUUUGAUUUUUGCUGGCAAGCAGUUGGAAGACGGACGAACCCUGAGUGACUACAACAUUCAGAAGGAGUCCACUCUUCAUUUGGUCCUUCGUCUCCGUGGUGGAAUGCAGAUUUUCGUGAAGACUUUGACUGGCAAGACUAUCACUCUCGAGGUCGAGCCAAGCGACACUAUCGACAAUGUGAAGACCAAGAUUCAAGACAAGGAGGGUAUCCCCCCAGACCAGCAGCGUUUGAUUUUCGCUGGCAAGCAGUUGGAAGACGGCCGAACCCUGAGUGAUUACAACAUUCAGAAGGAGUCCACUCUUCAUUUGGUCCUUCGUCUCCGUGGUGGAAUGCAAAUCUUCGUGAAGACGUUGACUGGCAAGACCAUCACUCUCGAGGUCGAGCCAAGCGACACUAUUGACAAUGUGAAGACCAAGAUCCAGGACAAGGAGGGUAUCCCCCCAGACCAGCAGCGUUUGAUCUUCGCCGGCAAACAACUCGAGGAUGGCCGAACCCUGAGUGACUACAAUAUCCAGAAGGAGUCCACUCUUCACUUGGUGCUGCGUCUGCGUGGUGUGAUGUUGGUGUUCAUACAAACUCCCAGUGGUGACCGGCUCAGCCUGGAGGUCGACCCGAGCGACACUCUGGCGGCGGUCAAGUCACAAAUCGAGCAGGAGAAGCGGAUCUCGUACGACCAGCAGCGGCUGAGCUACGGCGGCCGGCAGCUAUAUGCGGAUAGUCGCACGAUGCAUGAGUACAAUGUGACGGAGCGAUGCACACUAGAGCUGACGUUGCGUCUGAAAGGAGGCAUGCAGGUGUUCAUAAUACAGGUAACCGGCAAGUCGUGGACAUUUGAAGUGGAACUCAACGAUCGGGUGAGCAGUCUCAAAGCCAGGAUCAAUGCAAGAGAAGGAUUGCCCGUAGAGCAACAACACCUGAUCUAUGGCGCUAAGCCGCUGCUGGAUGACCGCACGCUGGCGGAGUACGGUAUUGUGGACAACAGCAACAUUCACAUGGUGUUAAGUCUGCGUGGUGGUGGGACUGGCGGUGGCUGCAUGACAUGGUGAUCAUGUCGCAGGAACACAGGCAAUUGCGUCAUAACGACGUGAUCAUGGUAGAGUCAGACCUCGCAUAACCGCACACAUCCGUUUUCCACAAAAAAUAUCCGGACAGGCGAGGGAACCGGAUAAUCGAACAGACAUACUGUAUGUAUGCAAGCCAUAUUAUGCUGUAAAUUGACGGUAACCAAUGAUUUUCUUCCGGAUGGUGAGGGAUCCGGAUGAAAGAGGGCCGGAUAAGAGAGGUGCGACUCUAAUCAAGCAGUUGUAAACACUGGUAUUUUGCUACACCCUGAUACCAACCACUGGUGAAGUUUUGUGAACAACAGGUGGCCAAGAUGAUUUGAUGCGAAUGUUGAAAACGAAGCAUACAGGUUGACUGGCCUUUACGGCUGCUUAGUCGGUCGGUGUGCAGCUGCCAGACUAUGUUAGUCGGUCGGUGUGCAGCUGCCAGACUAUGUUCAGUGUACACUGUCCAGUGUAUGGCUCGUUGGUGAUCAAAGUUGAACAUGGCGUGAGCACGGCUGCAGGUCUGAUUGCCGGAUGAUCGUAGCAUGCUCCCGCUCUUGAGAGAAUUAAUUGCAGAGCCGCAAUGUGAGUCAAGGUUGCUCAGCCGCAACAAUGCGCGGAGCUGCUUGCCACAGCCAGCUUGUUGAGAUGAUCAACAGUGCAUACGGUACAGGACCGUGUGGCCUGGCUUGUGGGUAUUAUUAUUAUUUAAAUUUUGAAUAGGGCAAUCCCCGCAAUACGUUGUGAAUGCAUUGCGGCGGUAGUGUGCUCCGAAGCUGCUUUUAACUUACAAGUUCUUGCAUGAUGUGUGGAUCUAGCGGCGCAACAUAGUGUAGUGGCUACUGCGACAACCAGUCCCCCCCCCCCCCUCACACACACUCACACGCACGUUUCCUUGUUUUCUUUCUCACCAUAACCACAUACAUUGCCUAACUUAUUGUAUUCUCAUGGCAAAUUGGCUUCCCGGCGCGGCCACCAGUGCACGGCAGAUCCUCAGCGGCUCAGUGCCAUCCGGCAUCAUUACUGCAUCAUACACUCUUUUGUAACAUAUCUCACCAAGUGCUUGAUGAUCCUCAUUGCCGGCCAAUGGGUUCUCUUGAUCAGUUUAAUAAUCAUAUUAAUUUAUAAAUAUUAUUUUUCUUUCUAUUCUUAUCCAGGCUUUGACUUCGACUUGAACAUGUAUCUUAAUUUUUCAUUACUACCUGGUUCGCCCUACUUC